AUAUUCUCAGAGGUCUUCCGGUAUUUGGACAUACGCAGCACGAAAAUGGCGAAGAUCGCCAAAACACACGAAGACAUUGAGGCCCAGAUCCUGGAGAUCCAGGGCAUGAAGGCAGCCCUGGUGGAGAAGGGGGAUGAGGGGGUGGGCCUGGACUCCACGGGCUACUACGACCAGGAGAUCUACGGAGGCAGCGACAGCCGCUUCGCCGGAUACGUCACCUCCAUCGCUGCCAACGAGCAGGAGGAAGAUGACGAAGACGACUCUGCGACAAGUUUACUAGGUCAGAAGAAACCGGGAUACCAUGCUCCUGUGGCGAUACUCAAUGCAAUACCACAGUCAGACGAGCAGUAUGAUCCGUUUGCGGAGCACCGGCCACAGAAGAUCGUGGACCGGGAGGAUGAGUACAAAGCACGCCGGCGACAGAUGAUCAUCUCUCCUGAGCGUCUCGACCCCUUUGCAGAUGGGGGGAAAACGCCAGACCCAAAGCAGCAGGCUAGGACCUACAUGGACGUCAUGAAGGAGCAGCACCUCAGUAAGGAGGAGAAAGAGAUCAGGCAGCAGCUGGCAGAGAAGGCCAAGUCUGGAGACCUGAAAGUGUUGAACGGCUCUGGAGCCUCCCAAGCCCCCGCCAAACGCAAGCGCCGCUGGGAUCAGACGGCCGACACGCCCGCUGACCAAACGCCCAGCAACGCCACGCCCAAGAAACUGUCCAGCUGGGACCAGGCAGAUGCAUCAGGCGAGACACCGGGCCACACACCUGGACACACUCCCUCCAACAGUCGCUGGGACGAGACUCCCGGUCGCCCCAAGGGCAGCGAGACCCCUGGCGCCACCCCCAGCAGUCGCAUGUGGGAGCCCACACCUAGCCACACCCCUGCCGGAGCACUCACCCCGGGCCGCGAUGCCACCCCAGGCCACGGCAACUCUACACCAAGCACGCGCAAGAAGCGCUGGGACGAGACGCCAAAGACAGACAGAGAAACCCCCGGCCACGCCAGCGGUUGGGCUGAGACGCCUCGCACAGACCGUGGAGAGGAGUCGGUUGGCGAGACCCCCACGCCCGGCGCCAGCAAGAGGAAGUCCAGAUGGGACGAGACGCCCGCCAGCCAGGUGGGCUCCUCUACGCCCCUGCUCACGCCCGGAAAAACACCCAUCGGCACGCCAGCCAUGCACAUGGCCACCCCCACCCCAGGUCACCUGAUGAGCAUGACCCCUGAGCAGCUGCAGGCGUGGCGAUGGGAGAGGGAGAUCGACGAGAGGAACCGACCGCUCACUGACGAGGAGCUGGACGCCAUGUUCCCUGAGGGAUACAAGGUGCUGCCGCCACCAGCUGGCUACGUGCCCAUCCGCACCCCGGCCCGCAAGCUGCAGGCCACCCCCACACCCAUCGGCGGCAUGACGGGCUUCCACAUGCAGACGGAGGACCGCACCAUGAAGCAGGUCAACGACCAGCCCUCUGGCAACCUGCCCUUCCUCAAGCCAGACGACAUCCAGUACUUCGACAAGCUCUUGGUGGAGGUGGACGAGUCCACUCUGACCCCUGAGGAGCAGAAGGAGCGCAAGAUCAUGAAGCUGCUGCUGAAGAUCAAGAACGGCACCCCGCCCAUGAGGAAGGCUGCACUGAGGCAGAUUACGGAUAAGGCUCGUGAGUUUGGCGCUGGGCCCCUCUUCAACCAGAUCCUGCCCCUGCUCAUGUCCCCCACGCUGGAGGACCAGGAGCGCCAUCUGCUGGUCAAAGUCAUCGACCGCAUCCUCUACAAACUCGACGACCUGGUCAGACCCUACGUACACAAGAUUCUGGUGGUGAUCGAGCCUCUGUUGAUUGAUGAAGAUUACUACGCCAGAGUGGAAGGAAGAGAAAUCAUCUCCAACUUGGCCAAGGCUGCUGGUCUGGCCACCAUGAUCUCCACCAUGAGGCCCGAUAUCGACAACAUGGACGAGUACGUGAGAAACACUACGGCUCGAGCCUUCGCGGUGGUGGCGUCUGCCCUGGGCAUCCCAUCCCUGCUGCCCUUCCUCAAGGCUGUGUGCAAAAGCAAGAAGUCCUGGCAGGCUCGCCACACGGGCAUCAAGAUUGUGCAGCAGAUCGCCAUCCUCAUGGGCUGUGCCAUCCUGCCCCAUCUCCGCAGCUUGGUGGAAAUCAUUGAGCACGGUCUGGUGGAUGAACAGCAGAAGGUGCGAACCAUCAGUGCCCUGGCUAUUGCUGCCCUGGCUGAGGCCGCCACCCCCUACGGUAUCGAGUCCUUCGACUCCGUGCUCAAGCCCCUGUGGAAGGGUAUCAGGCAACACAGAGGAAAAGGUCUGGCUGCCUUCCUGAAGGCCAUUGGCUACCUGAUCCCCCUGAUGGAUGCCGAGUACGCCAACUACUACACCAGGGAGGUCAUGCUGAUCCUCAUCCGAGAGUUCCAGUCUCCCGAUGAGGAGAUGAAGAAGAUUGUGCUGAAGGUGGUGAAGCAGUGCUGUGGUACAGAUGGUGUGGAAGCCAACUACAUCAAGACGGAGAUCCUGCCUCCGUUCUUCAAGCACUUCUGGCAGCACAGGAUGGCCCUGGACAGACGCAACUACAGACAGCUGGUGGACACCACGGUGGAGCUGGCCAACAAGGUGGGUGCGGCGGAGAUCAUCUCGCGCAUCGUGGACGACCUGAAGGACGAGGCGGAGCAGUACCGUAAGAUGGUGAUGGAGACCAUCGAGAAGAUCAUGGGCAACCUGGGCGCCGCCGACAUCGACCACAAGCUGGAGGAGCAGCUCAUCGACGGCAUCCUCUACGCCUUCCAGGAACAGACCACCGAGGACUCUGUGAUGCUGAACGGUUUUGGUACAGUAGUCAACGCUCUGGGCAAGAGAGUGAAGCCCUACCUGCCUCAGAUCUGCGGUACCGUCCUCUGGCGUCUCAACAACAAGUCCGCCAAAGUCCGUCAGCAGGCUGCUGACCUCAUCUCGCGCACGGCUGUGGUCAUGAAGACCUGCCAGGAGGAGAAGCUGAUGGGCCACUUGGGGGUGGUGUUGUACGAGUACCUGGGAGAGGAGUACCCAGAGGUGCUGGGCAGCAUCCUCGGAGCGCUCAAGGCCAUCGUCAACGUCAUCGGUAUGCACAAGAUGACGCCACCCAUCAAAGACUUGCUCCCGCGUUUGACACCCAUUCUGAAGAACAGACAUGAGAAGGUGCAGGAGAACUGCAUUGACCUGGUGGGCAGAAUCGCUGACAGGGGUGCCGAGUACGUGUCUGCGCGUGAGUGGAUGCGCAUCUGCUUCGAGCUGCUGGAGCUGCUGAAGGCCCAUAAGAAGGCCAUCCGCAGAGCCACCGUCAACACCUUCGGAUACAUCGCCAAAGCCAUCGGCCCUCACGACGUGUUGGCGACCCUCCUCAACAACCUGAAGGUGCAGGAGCGCCAGAACCGCGUGUGCACGACGGUAGCCAUCGCCAUCGUGGCCGAGACCUGCUCGCCCUUCACCGUGCUGCCCGCGCUCAUGAACGAGUACCGCGUGCCCGAGCUCAACGUGCAGAACGGCGUGCUCAAGUCGCUCUCCUUCCUCUUCGAGUACAUCGGCGAGAUGGGCAAGGACUACAUCUACGCCGUCACGCCCCUCCUGGAGGACGCACUCAUGGACAGAGACCUGGUGCACAGGCAGACGGCCAGCGCGGUGGUGCAGCACAUGUCCCUGGGCGUCUACGGUUUCGGCUGCGAGGACUCGCUCAACCACCUGCUGAACUACGUGUGGCCCAACGUGUUUGAGACGUCGCCCCACGUCAUCCAGGCCGUCAUGGGGGCGCUGGAGGGCCUGAGGGUGGCCCUGGGGCCCUGCCGCAUGCUGCAGUACUGUCUACAGGGUCUGUUCCACCCGGCGCGGAAGGUGCGGGAUGUCUACUGGAAGAUCUACAACUCCAUCUACAUCGGCUCUCAGGACGCCCUUAUCGCCCACUACCCCCUCGUCUACAACGACGAGAAGAACCCCUACGUGCGAUGCGAGCUGGAAUACUUUCUGUGAAUUGUUUUUUACACCAAACCUGAAUGUGCACUCUUACUCUUUCUUUUUCUCUCUCUUUUUCUCUCUCUCUCUCUCUCUCUCUCUCUCUCUCUCUCUCUCUCUCUCUCUCUCUCUCUCUCUCUCUCUCUCUCUCUCUCUCUCUCUCUCUCUCUCUCUCUCUCUCUCUCUCUCUCUCUCUCUCUCUCUCUCUCUGUGUGUUCUGUCUCUCCAUCCAUCUUUCCCUGGGUUAAAGGACCUGCUCCCAUAAUUUUUAUUAUUAUUAUUAUUAUUACUAUUGUUAUAGUUCUGUUUGUGGGGCGACAAACGUGCUACAGACUGUAGCAAUAGGCUGUUUUUUGUUUUGUUUUUUAAAUAAAAAGGAAAAAUGCGGAUGAAUCACAAUGACGCUUUAAGCUUGUAGAUGUAUUUGUGUUUGAGGGGGAAAAUGUUCUUAAUGAGGAAGUGCAGUUGAUGAAAAGUAGCAGCAUUGCAAGAAACAAAAUAAAAAAAUGUCAGCAGUAAGUCUUGGUAAGCCUUCUAGUACUUUUGCGUCAAGGGUUUCUUUGUGUAUUAUGACCGCUAGGAAUCGGCCCUUUCAUCAAAGCCCACCAAUCACUCAUCUGUUUCCCAUUGAGAUGCUGUUUAAUUUGACUGAAUAAACAUUUGUGUAUAAAACUCACAA